AUGUACACAGCUCUCCGUCUUAUAAUGAAAGGGUGCCAGUUCUCUGGGAAAAGAAAAAAGAGAACUGGUCUUGAUAAUGACUAUCUAGGGAGGGCGAAAAUCGAAGACACAGACUCUGCGUGGUUCGGUUGCAUACCCAUACCUCGCAUGGUGGCAAACCAAGUCAAUCACCGAUUAGAGUUGAGAAUGAAAGAAUUAGAUAGUGAGAUUUUGAAGGAUGCUGACGAUUUGCUACAAACCAAGAAACAGCACGCGUGGGUAGUUGGUACCCUGGCUUUAUUUCUAGUCUUGCAUAUUCAAGAGCUUGAUGCAGGAAGAAACAUAUUUUGGAAACGUUACAAAGACCCGGCGCUCAUUGAGGAAGCAAUUGCCUCUUCUAAUUCCCUCUUAUCGCAUUAUCAUUAUGUGUUUGGGCGAAAGCCACUUGACAUGAAUUGGGACGAACAGAGAUCGAGGGAUAUGACUUACGUGUUAAAGCUGAUGGAAAAGGGCAUGGUUGGUCGGAAGGCAUGCGACCUAUACGAGGCUGGAAACCCAAAGAGUGUGGAGUUUACAGCGAGUUCGUUGCUAUUUGUUAAAAAUAUCAGUGAGGGCUGUGAGGUGAAAGGCUUCUAUUAG